CAUUUCCCAUUUCCAGCCUCCACAGGCACAGUGACAAUUCAACCCUUUGGCGCUAAUUCUUGCUGAAGGACGGAAGUUUCCUUCACACGCUGUCACCAUGAGGGACCCUAUUCUGCAAGACAAGAUGAUCACUGAGCGUGAGCGCUUCGUCAAUUCCAUCGACCCCGAAGCUGUCUGCCGCCUUGCCUCGUCUUACCACAAUGGGGAUCAUUGCAAGGUGUUUCGACCACCCAAGCAUGGGUCGUUCAACGUGUGCUGGUUUGUGGAAUUCGAUCUGACGGCCGUCUCAAGAGACACCCAAGUUAGACCAGAUAGAUGGGUGGUGCGGAUCCCCAUCUCGCCUCGGGUUCCAUGGAUCGACGAGAAAAUAGAGGUUGAAGUAGCGACGAUGAGUUACAUCGCGGCUAAAACAAGAAUCCCCGUACCACGGAUACAUGCCUGGUCCUUCGUCGAAGGCAGUCCCAUCAAUGCUGCCUGUAUUAUCAUGGACUACGUCGAAGGCAAACCUCUGUCCUAGCUGGGAUUCCCGGACGGUCCAGAAUGGAAGGGCUGGCUAAGCAAGCUAAAGAAUGUUGUCCGGAGACAGCUUGCGGACAUAUACGUUCAGCUUCGCAGCCUGGAAUUUUCCAGUAUCGGUGCUCUUGGGCUG